AUGGAUUUGUGUUUUCCAGUCAUCUCUGCUGCCAAGGAUGCGAUCACUAGUCCAGAAGCAGUGAGUGGCGUGGAGCGGGGUUCACUGACUGUGCAGUGUCGCUAUGACCAGCAAUGGGAGACCCACAAGAAGUGGUGGUGUCGAGGAGCUACUUGGAGCAGCUGCAAGAUCCUUGUUAAAACCACUGGGUCAGAGCAGACGGUGAAGAUGGACCGUGUGUCCAUCAGGGAUGAUCAGAAAAACCACAUGUUCACUGUGACCAUGGAGGAUCUGAGGAGAGAUGACGCUGACACUUACUGGUGUGGAAUUGAGAGAACUGGAACUGACCUUGGGGUCACAGUUAAAGUGACCAUUGACCCAGGAGUGAACUAUGUUCUGCUCUGUAUGUUCAGCUACAGCAAGUCCAGCUGUAGCAACAACAAGUUUGGCUUUUGUACCUUCAACCACUGCGAAGACCACCAGCAGCCAACCAGUGACUCACACCAGUCCCCUCACCAGGUCAAGCCAGAGCCCAAACCACUGACCUCCUGCUCCUGCUGGAACCUGGGGCAGAGGUCCCUACUCAGCAGCGUCCACUUCCUGCUCCUGGUCUUCCUGGAGGUGCCCCUGCUCCUGGGCAUGGUAGGUGCUGUCCUUUGGGUGAACAGGUCUUAG